UACAAUCUUACUUAAACCCCUCAGUCCCUCUUCGACGCUCGAGUCUCCAACAUUCAGCCUGUAAGAAAACCCUAGAGAAAGCUUAAGAAGGAUAAAACUAUACUCCCCAUAUUCUUUUUCAGAUCCGGAUUUGGAACCUCCAGUGAUAUCUAUUUCUUAAGGAAGCAAGACAUGGCUACUGACGAAGAUAUAACGAGGCUAUAUAGAAUUAGGCGCACAGUCAUGCAGAUGCUCAAUGACAGAGGUUAUCUGGUUGGAGACUUCGAACUCAAGGAGACAAGAGCUCAGUUCCUAUCUAAAUUUGGGGAUAACCUCAAGAGAGAAGAUCUUGAUAUCAAAAAACAAAAGCGAAACGAUAACGAUGAACAGAUAUAUGUUUUCUUCCCUGAGGAACCAAAAGUUGGAGUUAAGACAAUGAAGACUUACACUAACCGGAUGAAAAAUGAUGAGGUGCACAGAGCACUCUUGGUUGUUCAACAGAAUUUAACCCCCUUUGCAAGGACAUGCAUUAGCGAAAUUUCUUCCAAAUUCCAUUUGGAGGUCUUCCAGGAAGCAGAGCUUCUUGUGAACAUCAAAGAGCAUGUUCUUGUCCCUGAACAUCAAGUUCUUACACCUGAAGAAAAGAAGACUUUGCUGGAGCGGUAUACGCUGAAAGAAACACAGCUUCCUCGAAUUCAGAUUACGGAUCCGAUUGCUCGAUAUUAUGGAUUAACGCGUGGGCAAGUAGUGAAGAUUAUCAGACCCAGUGAGACGGCAGGCAGAUAUGUCACAUAUCGCUACGUUGUCUGAAUAUCAUCUGAUAGAGUGUUGACGAAGAAGAUGUGUGUUAUGAGUUUCACUGAAUUUGCAGUUUGGUAUGGCCAAUUUACCUUCCAAACACGAUUCAUACCAAGCAGAUGAUUGUGGUGCAUGUCAAGUCUACAUAACCAACAAUUUGUGUACCUUUAGAUUGUAUUAUGAAAGCCAAGUUUUGGUAUGUCAGAUAAUCUGCAGAUGUACUGGACUAAUGUUGGUUAUUAAUGUACUGGUUAUAAUUCUAGAGCUUGUUUAUUUUAAAAAUACGUUUGUUUUUGGUUUCCUUUUGAUGGGACAAGCAGGAUCUGAACUUUGUAAUUUACGCCCACUAUAAUAAUGCUAUUAACUGAGCAAUAUGGUGAGAUUGGAAUCAUGAUUGUAUAAGAUUUUGAUUUCA